AAGGACAUAUCAAAAGACAUUAGCAUCUUCGCUUAUUGCCAGGGUUCCUACGCCCUUCGUGACCUUAUGCCUGUUCAGAACCAGGGGCUUGCACUGUACAGGGAACUCUUGCGCCAGAUCCGAACUCUUCCGAGGAGCACACAGGAGUAUUACCGGAAUUACGCUCGGCAACAUAUCGCAUCACAUGAAGACGAGACCGACGCAGAACAGGUGCAAUUCCUCGUGAACCGUGCUCGCCAGAACGCGCAGUGGAUUCUGCGCAAGUACGCUCCUGCUUCCAACGACCCCAAGCCCAACUAGCGGACCAACUGCAUCCUCCGCUUCCCCAAUCUAUUCCGGGCUUAUACAUUGACCACGUCGUCAGCAUCCUCGCCAGCUGCCGUGCAGUACAGCGCACUACGGCGCAACAAACGACAGGGCAUUGCACGUGGGAAGCCAGCUGCAGCCAUUAAAGAAAAACAGCACCGUCACCGUUGCCUGUAACGAUAAGGUCCAACGGCGCACUGUCGUCGCUUGCCCCACGCCGGCGUGAAUCGUAGGUCCCCCGCUGCCAACCGCCUUUUAAGAACUAGGUGGAGGCUGCUGUGGAGGCGCCAUGGCUCCAUCCCAACAAACCACUGCUGACGCCGCGCAUGCAUCGGUCCCAGGUGAGCCAAGAAUUAACGCCACCGCCGCCACCACUACCACUACCCCCAGCCCGGAGGUCCGUCUACGGAAACCAGCAGCAGCAGCAGCACCCCCAACAACCGCCUCUGGCACGCUACAGCCCCCGCAGCAGCCUCCCUCCUCUCCUCCUCCCGCCGCUACUGCUGCUGCUGCUGCCACUACUACUGCUGCCGCUGCUGGCGGUGGUGGUGGGGGUGGUUUGCAGCGGCUGCUGGUGGGGGUGUUGGCGACGGGUUUGUGGAUGCUGUUCAGCAGUGCGGUCAUCAUCCUAAACAAGAGCCUCUACCGCCGGGGCUUUGCAUACCCCUCCACCGUGACGGGGGUGGGGCAGUUCUUCUCCGCGCUCAGCGGCCUGCUGCUGGCCCGCCUGGCCGGCCCCUCUCAGCGCCUGCGCCCGCCGCCGCCCGCCCGCACCUUCUGCCGUGCGCUGCUGCCCAUCGCGGGCUGCACCGCCGCCACCAUGUACCUGGGCAACCUGGCCUACCUGCACCUCUCAGUGGCAUUCAUACAGAUACUCAAGGCCUUCACCCCCGCCAUCACGCUGCUGCUGUGCCUGGCCGCCGGUCUGGAGCGCCCCGCCUGGCCGCUGGUGGGCGCGGUGGGCAUGAUCGCGGGCGGCACCGCGGGGGCGGUGCUGGUGGAGAGCGGCACCCCCGCCUUCAGCGGGCUGGGGCUGGCGGCGUUCAUGGGGUCGUCACUCACAGAGGCGGCGCGGGUGGUGGGCGCGGAGCUGCUCAAGGACGGCUCGCAGUACAACACCGCGGAGUCGCUGGUUUACGUGGGCGGCCCCACCGCCCUGCUGCUGCUAGCCGCCGCAGCCAUCUGGGAAUGGCCUGCCAUGCUGGCAGCGACCUACGCCUCCACCGCCGAGCGACCCAUGGGUCUGGCGCUGGUGGCGGCUGACCCGUGGGUCUUCCUGGCGGCUCCCGCCGUUUCCUCGCUCGUGAAUGCGAGCUGCUUCUUCGCGGUGUAUGCGACCAGCAGUCUGACAUUCAAGGUGGCGGGAUGCGUUAAGAAUGUGGCGGUGGUGUGGUACGGCGUGUUGGCGCACGGCGACACCGUCACUGCGCUGCAGGCUGCGGGCUACGGAGUGAGUACGGCGGGUUUCAUGUUGUACUCGCACCUCAAGAUGGCGGCGAGAGCUGCAAGGCGGCCUGUUGCUGCUGCUGUUAAGAAGGAAACUUAGAGGGAUACGUAGGCUGUUGCUGCUAAGAGGGAUACGUAGGCUGAGGAGGACGAUGACCACCUCGGGUGUAUGUUGUACAUGCAAGUGCGUACGGAACGUGGGGUGCUGUUAUUAACGCACGUUGUCCCGAUUGUGCACAUGUGAGUACAUACUCGUGUGACUUGCGAGGUGCUUGUUGGCCGGUUGGUGGUCGGCGAGGAAGGGCACGUUAUAGCGGCUUGUAUUUGCUAUUCACUGGUACGUAGGGGUGUAAAAAACAUACAUGGAAGGGGGUUUGUGGUUUGUGGGGAUCGUCGCUCACAACUGUUUUUGUAACGCCGACUCUUCUGAAAUCGUGAUUUCCAAACAGAGUCCGAAGGUGCGGAAAAACCACUGUGUUAGUGUCUGCUGACGACGCGUAGGUGUUCAUGCCGUUGGGUGCGUGAAGCCGUGCACAUGUGCGUGUGUAUAGUGUAGUGAAUCAAAUGGCCGCAGUGUACCUGCGCAUGGAACUAAUUAGGUCAUAUUCGUGACUUGGGACUUCUCCUUUGCAUCUGUGCCCGUUUUUCCGGCGGUGCUUUUGAGAUACUGGUGCUUUGAACCAAUGGGUGUGUCUGCUUCCCAGGAGGCGGCGUCCCGCAUGCGGCGUGUUACUCCUCGUCAGCUGCUGCUGCCGCAUGCAACAAUAUGCAAAACACGCGUCUCGA